CCUCCCUCCCUCCCCUACCCUGUUACUGAGGUCUGCCCUCCUUCAGCUCUCUAGUCAGUCUCACUUGCUACAACUCUCUCUCUCUGUCAGUCUCUCUCUAGUCAGUCUCACUCGAUACAACUCUCUCCCUCUGUCAGUCUCUCUCCUUCAGUCUCUCUCCAUCUCCCUCUUCAGCACCAUGAGCUACAGAAGCAGCUCGUACUCUGUGCACACCUCCAAGGUGCCGUCCGGUCAUGUGUCUCUCACCCGCUCCUCAGCCGCCCCCUCCUACCGCGCCGCCAGCAUCUACGCGGGGGCUGGGGGCCAGGGGGCCCGCAUCUCCUCCUCAUCCUACUCUGGAGUCCGCAGCUCCCAGGGGGGCCCAGGGGCCUCCCUCUCCUCUUCCCUACAGGUGGGAGGCGACACAGCCAACAUCACAGGCAACGAGAAGUUUGCCAUGCAGAACCUGAACGAGCGUCUGGCCUCCUACCUGGAGACAGUCAGGAACCUGGAGCAGGCCAACGGCAAGCUAGAGCUGAAGAUCAGAGAGGCUCUGGAGAAGAGAGGACCAGACCUCCACGACUACAGCCGCUACCAGGCCAUCCUGGACGACCUGCGCAAGAAGGUGUUUGAUGCAACCGUGGACAAUGCUCGUCUGAUACUGCAGAUUGACAACGCCCGCCUCGCCGCUGACGACUUCAGAGUGAAGUACGAGUCGGAGCUGUCUAUCCGCCAGUCUGUGGAAGCUGACAUUGUGGGUCUGAGGAAGGUGAUUGAUGACACCAACUUGGGCCGCAUGAACCUGGAGAGCGAGAUUGAGGGCUUGAAGGAGGAGCUCAUCUUCCUCAAGAAGAACCACGACAACGAAGUGAUGGAGCUGCGUGCCCAGGUGUCCCAAUCUGGAGUGCAGGUCGACGUGGAUGCCCCUAAAGGCCAGGACCUGGCCCAAAUCAUGUCUGAGAUCAGAGCCAAGUACGAGAAGAUGGCCCUGAAGAACCAGGAGGAGCUGAAAGCGUGGCAUGAAUCUCAGAUCACAGAGGUCCAGACCCAGGUGAGCCACAACACAGAGGCGCUGCAGAGCUCCCGCUCGGAGGUGAACGACCUCCGCAGACAGCUGCAGACCCUGGAGAUAGAGCUGGAGUCCCAGAAGAGCCUGAAGUCCUCCCUAGAUGCCACCUUGAGGGACGUGGAGAUGCGCUACAACCUGGAGAUGGACAGUCUGAACGGGGUGCUGCUGGGCGUGGAGGCGGAGCUGACCCAGCUGCGGGGGAGCAUCCAGCAGCAGACGCAGGAGUACGAGGCGCUGCUCAACAUAAAGAUGAAGCUGGAGGCUGAGAUCGCCACCUACAGGAGGCUGCUGGACGGGGAGGACUUCCAGCUGCAAGAUGCCCUGGAGGACCAGCGAACAGUGAAGACCAAGGUGAUGACCGUCACACAGACGCUGGUGGAUGGCAAGGUGGUCUCUUCCAGCACGGAGACCAAGGAGAGGAACCUCUGACCUGCCAGUCCUGCUCACUUCCUGCUUAUGCAAUUACAGCUGACUGACUGAUUCAGGAAGAAGUCUAUUAAUGUCUGGUUACACAACACUAAAAAGUAGGGUCACAUGACCUCCGGGAGGGCCGACUGGACCAGAUGAACUCUAACUCAUACUCUAUUUAUUCCAUCACUGCCUUAUGUGUCGUUGUCUUCAGUGUUUUGAUAUUUUUUCUUUUAGGAGCAUAGAAGUUGACCAAAACAUUUAACCUAAGAUUGUUGUCAAAUCAAUAUGAUUUUAGACAUACAUAAAAAUAAUACAGAACCGAAAAAAUUAUCUGCUUGUUAUGUUGAACUUUGCAUCAUAGUUUUCAGUCUCUCCAGUUGUGCCUGAAGGGUUAGGGUUAGGUAACCGCUCUGUCCAAACAUUUCAAUAAAGCCUCCAGCAUUCA